AUGUCUGACACAGAAGAUGCGCCUCCGGCGAGCGGCGAGAGCCCUGGCGGCGGAGAGACGAGCCCGCCCCCACGCGACAAUGCGGACGCCGAUGUCCCUCAGCUCGAGGGGCCGUCGUCCGAUUCGGGUGCGAUAGGAUCAGCCGACGGCUCCGAGCAGGCCCCUCGCAACCACCGCGAUGCUAUCCGCGAGCAAUUUGAAGAGGGAUCCGAAGUGAGCUCCAUGGAUGCCAGCUUGGUGGAUGCUGUGCCGCGAAGAGUCGGCAGCCCGGUCGAGUCGGUGACCUCUGCCCUCGGCUACUCCCCGUCUGUGCAAGGCUCUUUGAUGUCCUCUCCCGGAAGUAGCGUUCUGCCGUCGGUAGCCUCACGAGCCGGCCUGCGAAGCCCCACGCCAUCGUUCCGACCGUUCGACAGACGUUUCCAGUCCCGCAUCUCGAGCUCUUCCUCCUCGCACACGCUGCGGCCUUCCUCUCCCGCCUUUCUGUCGCCACACAGCCGCAACGCCUCCCUGAGCUCCAACUUUGUGCUCGACCAGGCAGAGGCCGACACGCCUACACCGCCGUGGGAGGUCGUGCGGUGGACGAGGCUCAGGAAGAUCAACGGCCAGGCCUUCUCGGAGGCCGGCCGUCGCAACUUUGGCGCGCCCACCUGCCUUGCUGUCUCGGCGACAAUUGUCAUGGGAACCUCAAAGGGUAUAAUCUUAAUAUUUGACUACAAUCAGAAUCUCAAGAUGAUCAUCGGGCAAGGCACGAAAGCCGUCGAAUCUGGGCCAGUUACCGCACUCGCUAUAUCUGCGGAUCAUACCACCAUUGCUGGCGGGCACGCCAACGGCAACAUCUUUACCUGGGACACGUCCAGGGCGGCGCGGCCAUUUCUUACCAUUCCACACCUGGACGAUGCUCAGGCGCAGAACCAUACUGCCGAUGGGCACGUGGAGAACGUGUCUGUGAUUCAUCUGGGCUUCUUGGGAACACGACAUACUGCUCUUGUUUCGGCCGAUGACCGAGGGAUGGCCUUCUCGCACCUUGCAACAAGAGGCACGGGCGCGCUCGGUCGCACGGUCAAGACGACGAGGAUACUGGGCCGAUAUCCCAACGCACCGACUCCUGCUGGAAAGCCGCUCAAGCCGAGCACAGUUCUUUCAUUUGCGCCCCUGCCGCUGGGCAACGUUGAGCAGGCCACAGACUCGAUGGGCUUGACAGCCAUGCUCACCCCGUACCUUUUGGUGAUUGUCUCUACAACCCCAGUUGCUCAGACCCAGCACAAGUCGGCCAGGCCAAAGGACGUCCCAGCCCACAGCGCCAUGACUGGCUGCUUAGCCUGGUUCCCGGCUGUCAAGUUAAAGGUGCCCGACCCCGUCACGGGGAGCGACGUGUCCAAGGUCAAGCUCGUCUACUGCUGGUCGAAUGUCCUUACUGUGCUGGACGUGGACGAGGUACCGAGCGAGGACAAGGACCAGCCCCCGUCGCUCAAGUUCAAAGCGCGCAGCAGAUGGAAGUGUGAAGAAGCCAUUGUUGCGGUCCAAUGGCUGAGCCGCUCCGUCUUGACAGUCCUCACCAUCUCACAGAGGUUGAUCGUGCUGGAAGACAGAAGCAUGCGAAUGACCGACGCCAUCGACCUGCUACAAAAGUACAUAUACCACAAGGAUCUGUUCUCAAAGCAGCUUCACACGUUGGUAGAACAGCUCGAUGAGGCUGAUCAGACCAUGCACGGCGUCGUAGCCGAUGCCUUCUACAUGAGCUUCAAAGCGUACAAAGGAAGAUUGUUCCUUCUCGGCUUCAACGAAGUGUCCAUCGGAGCACUGUCAAACUGGGCGGACCGGCUCAUCGCCAUGAUGGAGAACGGCGACUACCUGGGUGCCAUUCGACUGGCAACUUCAUACUACACUGGCGAUGCCGACAAGCUUACGGUCGGGCUACCAGAGGAUAUCAAGCUGCGACACUCGAUGGUUCAGGACAAAAUCAUGGAAAUCAUCACGGCGUCGCUCAAGUAUGCGUUUGGGCAGAGACAAAAGGGCAGCCCCGAAGCCGACGACGAUCACUUGCGACAGCUAGCCGAGACGUGCUAUGUUGCCUGCCAAGCGAUUGGCACGACAGACUACCUGUUCGACGACAUGUACGAUUGGUACGAAGGCGCCGAUGUGAGCGGCAUAUUCCAUGAGACGCUGGAGCCGUACAUACUGGACGAAGACAUUACUGUUGUGCCCCCCGGCGUGGUGAAGGACAUGGUCACUCACUACGUUACCAAGGGCUGGGAGAGCAGGCUCGAGGAGAUGAUUUGCCACAUGCAGACGGCAACCCUUGACCUAGACCAGGUCACGCUUCUCUGCAAACAGCACAGCCUUUACGACGCCCUGACGUACGUCUGGAAUCAGGCGCUCGGCGACUACAUAACUCCAAUGAUCGACCUAUUGAGUCUCCUGCUGCCGUUGAUGACAAACGGGGACAGCACCGCACAGACCGACGACUACUACAGCAUCAACGCGCUAAAGAUCUUCCCAUACCUUUCGUAUACCCUGACGGGGAGAAUAUACCCGAACGGAGAGAUCAUGGAAGAGGAGACAGCGGUCAAAGCCAAAUCCGAAGUCUACUGGUUCUUCUUCUCGGGCAAAACCAUUGAGUGGCCGUCGGGCAGCGGGCGCGAGUUCUUGACUCGGCCGGGAGACGAAUCGGAACCGGCGUUUCCAUACCUGCGCAUGAUUCUCAAGUUUGACGCGCCCAGUUUCUUGAGCGCGCUGAAUGAGGCCUUUGAGGACGGCUUCCUCAACGAUUCUCCUGACAAGCAGGUCUCCGGCGGGUCGCGGAUGGACAUGCCCGAAGAGCAGAUCUUUGGUUUGACCAUCAAUCGCCAGUACAUCAUCACGAUCCUGCUCGACGUCAUGAACUCGGAAGACUUUGCACCCGAGGAUUCCAUCUACCUCGACAUGUUCAUUGCGCGAAACCUACCCAAGUUUCCGCAGUACCUCCUGUUUUCUGGAUCGACACUUUCCAAAGUCCUCGUGGGGUUAUGCAACUACCCAGGCGAGGACCUGGCGGACGAUGCUCAGCUCAGCGCAGAGUACCUCUUGUCGGUGUAUCACCCGUCAGAUAUGGCUGCGAUGCUACCUCUCUUCAAACAGGCCGGCUUCUAUCGCAUCUUGAAGCGCACUUUCAAGGUCGAAAAACAAUACGCCAAGUUGUUGACCACGUACUUUGAGGAUCCCGAGGACCAGGAGGCUGUUUUCGACUGCAUCUCCAACUGUCUCCGCCCGCAGACCGGCUUGGACAGUCGGCAAAGCAGAGAGGUGCGUCAAGUAAUUGAGGAGCACGCACGAGAUCUCUUGACCCUCAGCCCAAGGAGAACGGCAACCACUUUGAGACAUCAGGAUGCCGCUCUCCAUCGACACGUAAUUGAGUCGGCACAGGACGAGCCGGAGCUGCAGCAUGCCUAUCUGAAGGCCCUGCUAGAAGCCGACCGUCCAUCAGACGAACAAGGCGAGGCGCUGGAUCGAGAUCUGGUGGAACGCUAUGUCCAACUCAUGUGCAAAUUCGAUCCACAGCAUGUAUCCGACUACGUGGAAACGGUUCAAUCUACAGAUCUCCGGCUUGACGUCCUGCUGCCGACAAUGGAGGCCACACAAGUUGUCGAUGCCGCCGUUGUGCUCAUGGCCCGCGACGGUCAGAUAACGGACGCCAUGGAGCGCCUGGUCAAGCACCUGUACACUCUCGAAUCCGCGAUGCAAGGCCUGUUGAGCGGCAGCGAGGAGCAGAAUGGCGGUGAUCUUGACAUUCAAGCAUCGGCCGACGAGCUUCUCCACGGCUUGCAAAAGUAUGUCCAUGUCGGCAUUUGGCUCUGCCAGGGCCAGACGAAAACGUCCAGGAAGAGCACCGUCGUCCAGAAGAAGUCGUCGUCGCCCAAGGACGAACUUUCAGCAGACGAAGCUCUAUGGCUGACGUUGAUUGAUGCCUGCGUGCAAGUCACAAAGCGCCUGUCGCCAGCAAUGGUGGCCGUAGCCCGUGAUGAGGAGGUCGACGACGAGAAGUUACUCUCGCUGCUUCGGUCGUUGGUCCAGCAUACUUUUACGGCGCUUCUGACAGCGACUUCCAGCCAGGCGCACAGUCAGUCGAGCAGCAGGAUGCUGUCCAACGCGGGCUCGAACCUAUCCUUUCUGCGCAUCCUGAAGGCGUUUCUCACCCAAGCGGCUGCCUCGUCGCCCAACCUGGCCGACCUCCGCGGGGUCCUGGCAUCCAUCUUCUCGGCCUAUGCGUACGAGGAAUCGAUCUUGCGUCUGUCGAAUCGCCUUCUGGAGCGAAGCCUGUUUGUCAGCGUCAAUCAAGCCGUCGAGCUGCGACAGCGGGGCUGGCGGCCGCGAGGGUCUACGUGCGAGGCGUGUGGGAGGCGGGUCUGGGGGCCGGGCGUCGCCGGCGGCGUCGUCUUCGAGGCCUGGGAGGACAAGCAGGCCAUUGAAGAGACGGCGAGGAACGAUAGGAAAGCGCGGGCCGCGGCGAGGGCAACGGGCAAGGCGGGCGAGUCGGACGGCAGGAAUAAGGGCAAAAGCCUCGACACGCGCCCGUCGAGCAUGCUCAUCGAGCCCGACGCCACGAGCGGCGGCAAGGAUGCGCCUCUGGGGCCGCUUGUCGUGUUGGCCUGCCGGCACAUCUACCAUCAGAGCUGUCUGGAUGCGCUGCAGGAGAGGCAUGAGAACGGGGUGCUGGGACGCGAGCGAGAGUACAAGUGUCCCGUUGAUGGGUAG